UCUCAUACCCCUUUCUCCUUAUCUCACUCUCUUCGUUUCCGCUGAGUUGAGGGCUUCUACAGAAAUGGCGACUCGGUUCUUCACUCGGUCGUCUCUACUCACUCCCACCAAACAAACCCUAACUUCCUUCUUCUCUCGGUCCUUCGCUUCACUUUCUCUAUCUAAACCUUCGCAAUCUCUGUCCACUACUGCUUCCUCCUUCUCCCUUCUCCGUCUCCGCCCUCUCGUUGCCGUCGCGAGCAGCCUCCGCAGCAGCACCUCUGUCGCGACUGGCCUUCGAGGUUUUGCGACUCGUCACACAUCGUCGUCUCUCAACGACCCAAACCCUAACUGGUCCAAUCGCCCACCUAAAGAGACGAUUUUGCUUGAUGGAUGUGAUUUUGAACACUGGCUUGUGGUUAUGGAGAAGCCUGAAGGGGAUCCCACCAGAGAUGAGAUCAUCGAUAGCUAUAUCAAAACCCUAGCAGAAGUUGUUGGAAGUGAGGAGGAAGCAAGGAUGAAGAUCUAUUCAGUCUCCACUAGACACUACUUUGCAUUUGGAGCCCUUGUGUCUGAAGAGCUUUCUUAUAAGCUGAAAGAACUGCCUCGUGUCCGCUGGGUCCUUCCAGAUUCUUACUUGGACGUUAGGAACAAGGAUUAUGGAGGGGAACCUUUCAUUAAUGGUCAGGCUGUUCCAUAUGACCCCAAGUAUCAUGAGGAGUGGGUGAGAAACAAUGCUAGGGCAAAUGAGCGAAAUAGACGCAAUGACAGACCACGCAACCAUGACCGUAGCAGAAACUUUGAGAGAAGAAACAUGGGCCAAGGGGGGCCUGGAGGGCCUAGGAACUUUGGUCCCACCAAUACAGGGGACAUACCCCCCAAUAACAUGGGAGGUGGUGCCCCCAAUAGGGGUGGCAUGCCACCCAACAACCUUGGUGGCAUGCCAUCCAAUAACAUGGGAGGACAACAAGCACCGGGCUGCAUGGGACAGCAACCGUCAAACUACAACAUGGGACAACAGCCACCAAACUACAACAUGGGACAACAGCCACCACAUUAUGGGGGACAACAGCCACCAAACUAUGGGGGACAACAGCCCCCAUCAAGCUAUAUGGGCGGAAAUCAGCACAACAUGGGAGGUGUGCCCAACAAUGCACAAAAUUUCCAGUAUGAGAAUGCACCGAAGAGUGGAGGAGCACCUUAUCAACCUGGUCCUGGGCCGAAUCAGAACAAUUAUGCACCAAACGUGGCUGGUGGAAAUCCUUACCAGAACCAGAACAUGCCUGGAAGGGAUAUUCCACCACCUCAAAACUAUCAAUAGGCAGACUCUGGAUGUAAAUGAAAUUUGUUAUCUAUAGGAUUUUGUCUUGAAAGCCUAAGCUUAUAUGGUAACCAGUGAGAUGAUGUUUAGUUUGGUGAUAAUGUUUGUUUUUGGUUGAAUGGAAAUGGUUUAACAGUUGGGAGGAGAAUGGCAAGAAUAUUUUGCUCCUGCUGCCUUGAAUGUGAUGUACAAUUGGUAUAUCAUUGGCAGGCAACUUACCCGAACCUGUAUUUUUCAUGUCCGUGGGAGCUCAGGUGAAACUUGUUAGCCUA